CACCCCCCCCCAAAUCUUGUUGCUUUCUAUCUCCUUUCUCUCUCUCUCUCUCUUUCUCCCCCACUUCCUCACUCCCUCUGUCUUUCUUCUCCCACUCCCUCUCCUUCUACUCCUUUCUCCAGCUUUAGCAGAACUUAUGUGGCUGGGAUGCGGGGGCCCUCGGGUGUCAAAACUUUGAAGAUUAAUGGAUUACUUUGUUAAUGACUGCAGGCGUCAGACUGAGGUGCUUAAAUGAUUUGUGAGGUGCGAGGAGGCGUCUUCCCGACAGUCCCAAACAAUGCGCAGAGUGUGCGGGGGAGGCCGAGGGCGGUGGCGGCGGUUUGGCAGCGCCGCUCACACUUGCACACACUCACACACUCAUGCACACUUCCAGGCGCACGCACGAGAUCCUGGGCGCUCAGGAGGCAGGCAGGCUCUUUGGCCCCCACGCACUCCCAGGCAUCCCCACCCUUGCCCACAUAGACGUAUUUUUUGCCCUGAAAAAAGUGUAAAUAAAGCCUCGCUGGCCCCCAAUGAGGCGUUCCUUCCCGACUUUUUUGGAUCAAUCAAACAGACAGUGGCUUCUUUUGAUUAAAGCCCAAAUUGUCAUUGGGCAGAAGCAAUCAUGUGACAGCCAAUUCGGUCCAAUUUCAACCUUGUCUCCAUGAAUUCAAUAGUUUAAUAGUAGCGCGGUCCCCAUACGGCUGUAAUCAGUGAAUUAGAAAAAAAACACCCCAGCAGCGAUCUUCUAUGAUAGAUUUUUUUUUCCUCUGCGCUCGCCUUUUUCCAGGGCCUUGCCCCCCCAAAGCCCCUCCAGAAGAGGGAACUUUUUCUCCGAGGGGGCUCCAAGGAGAAGGCCAUGAAUUACGAAUUUGAGCGAGAGAUUGGUUUUAUCAAUAGCCAGCCGUCGCUCGCUGAGUGCCUGACAUCUUUUCCCCCUGUCGCUGAUACAUUUCAAAGUUCAUCAAUCAAGACCUCGACGCUUUCACACUCGACACUGAUUCCUCCUCCUUUUGAGCAGACCAUUCCCAGCCUGAACCCGAGCAGUCACCCUCGCCACGGCGCCGGUGGCCGCCCCAAGCCGAGCCCCGCGGGCAGCCGCGGCAGCCCAGUGCCCGCCGGCGCCCUGCAGCCGCCCGAGUACCCCUGGAUGAAGGAGAAGAAGGCGGCCAAGAAAACCGCUCUGCCGCCUGCCUCUGCCACUGCCGCCGCUGCCGCCGCCGCCACCACCACCACCACCACCACCACCGGCCCUGCCUGUCUCAGCCACAAAGAAUCCCUGGAAAUCUCCGAUGGCAGCAGCGGGGGCUCCCGGCGCUUAAGAACUGCUUACACCAACACACAGCUUUUAGAACUGGAGAAAGAAUUUCAUUUCAACAAGUACCUUUGCAGACCUCGAAGGGUGGAAAUUGCAGCCCUGCUUGAUUUGACUGAGAGACAAGUGAAAGUGUGGUUUCAGAACCGGAGGAUGAAGCACAAGAGGCAGACUCAGUGCAAGGAGAACCAAAACAGUGAGGGGAAAUUUAAAAGCCUUGAUGAUUCUGAGAAAGUGGAGGAGGAUGAGGAAGAAAAGUCACUCUUUGAGCAAGCCCUCAGCGUCUCUGGGGCCCUUCUGGAGAGGGAAGGUUACACUUUUCAGCAAAAUGCCCUCUCUCAGCAGCAGGCUCCCAAUGGACACAAUGGCGACUCCCAAAGUUUCCCAGUUUCGCCUUUAACCAGCAAUGAGAAAAAUCUGAAACAUUUUCAGCACCAGUCACCCACUGUUCCUAACUGCUUGUCAACAAUGGGUCAGAACUGUGGCUCUAGCCUAAACAAUGAUAGUCCCGAGGCCCUGGAAGUCCCCUCUUUGCAGGACUUUAACGUUUUUUCCACAGAUUCCUGCCUGCAGCUUUCAGAUGCAGUCUCGCCCAGUUUACCAGGUUCCCUCGACAGUCCUGUAGAUAUUUCAGCUGACAGCUUUGACUUUUUUACAGACACACUCACCACAAUUGACUUGCAGCAUCUGAAUUACUAAAAAAAAAAAAAAAAAAAACACAUUAAAGCAAAAACAAAGAAUCACAAAACAAAAACCCCUUUUGAUCAGGUGGUUUUGCCUUCUUUUAUUCUGAGAGUUAAUUUUUUAUUGUUUUCUUCUUGACCGACCCUCUUCUUUAAAUGUUAGGAUUUUCUGUUUAGUGAUUUUCUUGACCCAGUUUCAGCCAUCUUUUACAAAUAAUUUUGGAGUUUUAGUUGUUUUAAAUUGAAUCCAACAACCCUUUAUGUGACUUCCUGGAAGCAAUAUAUGAGGCCUGCAAGAAAGUGAUCAAAUCAUUGUAUUUUCACUUUCUUUUUAUUUUUGUAUUACAUUAGGAUGCAUUGUCAUGAGUAUUUUUGGUAGAAUAAAUUCUCCUUUGCUAUAAGUAGAUUUCCAAUUUUUUUCUUCACCUCUUUCUCAAAGCUCAUAACAAUUUCUUCUCUUUUUAGUCUAACUUGGUAAAUAAAAUUCUGGUCACAAUUUA